AUGUCAACAGAAUCCCCCCUCGUCGUCCUCCCGGGCGAGGCCAUCGACCCUUCCCUCAUCCCCACCCACAAGAAGAACCCCCUCCGUCUCGGUCCCGGCCUGCGACACAUCCCUCCCAGCGAAAUCGUGCCCACGGUAGCCGGUCAGCUAGUAGUCGACCAUCGCAAGACAUCCAUGUGGAUAGAGUAUAACGGCGGUCGCUACAUCCCCUCCCAAGGCGACCUCAUAAUCGGUCAAAUCGCCCGUUCCGCCACCGACUUCUACUACGUCUCCCUCUCGCCCUACACCCCCAACGCGACUUUACCUCAUCUAGCCUUCGAGUCCGCGACCAAGAAAACCCGUCCCCAGUUUGCCUCGGGGGAACUCGUCUACGCGCGCGUGUCUCUGGCCAACCGCCACAUGGACCCGGAACUGGAAUGCGUCAACUCGUCCACCGGCAAAGCGGACGGUCUUGGUCCCCUAAAGGAUGGGAUGGUGUUUGACGUUAGUCUUGGGUUCGCCAGACGGUUGUUGAUGGCGAAGAGUAGGGAGGAGGGGAAAGUGGAGGUUUUGGAGGCGCUGGGCGAGGAAGGACUGGCGUUUGAGACGGCGGUGGGGAGGAAUGGGAAGGUGUGGGUGGGGAGCGAGAGUGUGAAGACGACGGUGGCGGUGGGGAGGGCGUUGAAAGAGACGGAUGAGAAGGGGUUGGGGGUGGAGGCGCAGAGGAAGUUGGUGAAGAAGCUGGUUAGGGAGAUGCGUUGA